UCAGCGCAUCCUUGCAAAGAGUAGCCUAUGUCAAUAUUGCAGCUUUUGCUACCGGUGACGGUGUGCCAACGCGGAGAGUCAGGGAGUUAGCUCUAUUGCACCUAGUUGGUUCUCCUGACCGAAGUGAUGUCGGAAUCCAAGGAAGCAGUUGGGAACUCCAAAGGUGAUACGAACGUGGGAAAGACGGGGGCACUGUCAUCCAGGUUCGUCGUGGAGAAAGUUGAAAGCGCGGGAGUGCCUAACGAACGGCUAGCUGGAAAACCAGACGCGAAUGACACGAACAGUAGUAAUUUAAACUCUGCCAAAGCAGAGCAACAACAACAACAACAACAGAGUAACCGGCGUCCGAUUCAACCCCCCGCUGUUAAACCGCGACAAGAGCAUGACGCGACAAAAUCCAAAUCUUCCCCCAAAAAUUGUGAGAAUUCUAGGACACGACAUGUGUCAUAUUCCGACGGGACGGUCGACAACGUGAGCAGCGGCGGCGCCACUAGCAGCGUAAUGGGGAAUGUGACCCCGAAGAGUCCCCACACGUUCACGUUUAGCGGCACGCUUCGCGGCUCGCGCCAGCAAAACACCUACGAUACGCUACCGCGAGUCGACCACUACAGAAACCUCUUCUCAUACGUCAUUGGGAACAAGAAGUCGCGACCUACGCUGGAGCAGCUGCAUGAGGCACAGGAGGAUGGCUUGACCACAGUGCUGGUUGAAUCACCAAAGAAGGAAGUGAAGGGGCCAACAAAGAAAGCUGUAAAGUUUGGAUGGAUAACCGGCGUACUGGUUCGAUGCCUCCUGAACAUAUGGGGAGUGAUGCUGUUUUUGCGUCUUUCGUGGGUGGUGGGACAAACUGGUUUAGGGCUGUUCACUGUCGUGAUUCUGCUGUCUACUGUAGUCACCAUACUGACCGCUCUCUCGAUGUCAGCUAUCUGCACAAAUGGCGAGGUCAAGGGAGGUGGCGCUUACUACAUGAUAUCGCGUAGUCUGGGACCAGAGUUUGGUGGUGCCAUCGGCAUCAUAUUUUCGCUCGCCAAUGCCGUUGCUGUCGCCAUGUAUAUCGUCGGAUUCGCUGAGACCGUUCGAGACGUGAUGAAGGAAUACGGGUUGCAGAUAGUGGAUGAACUCAAUGAUGUAAGAAUCAUAGGCUGCAUCACCCUUGUUGUGCUACUGGGAGUAGCCAUGGUAGGCAUGGAGUGGGAAGCACGGGCGCAGUUAAUCCUGCUCGGCAUUUUGGUAGUGGCCAUCUUGGAUUUUGUUGUCGGUCUUUUCCUGAAGGUCACCGAGGCGAAGGGAGUGAAGGGCUAUACAGGUUACAGUGCGGGAACGUUCUUGGAGAACUUGCAUCCGGAGUUCCGGGAAGGUCACGGCUUUUUUUCCGUCUUCUCCAUCUUCUUCCCGGCGGCGACAGGCAUCCUCGCUGGCGCAAACAUAUCGGGGGAUCUCGCCGAUGCGCAGUCGGCAAUUCCCAAGGGCACCUUGAGAGCAAUCCUGCUGACGACAGCCACCUACCUUGUGAUGGGAUGGAUGGUCGGUUCGACUGUGAUCAGGGAUGCGAAUGGCAGCACAGAGGACUACUACAACGCGACGGUGAACUUUACAUGCAGUGCCCCGGACGCCUCGCCAUGCCGAUACGGCCUGCUUAAUGAUGUGCAUGUGAUGGAGCUCAUAUCUGGCUUUGCUCCGCUCAUCCUUGCCGGCAUCUUCGCUGCAACCCUCUCCUCGGCUCUCGCCAGCCUCGUCGGAGCGCCAAAGGUCUUUCAGGCUGUGUGCAAGGACAACUUGUUCCCCGGUAUCCACGUCUUCGCUGUUGGCUCGGGAAACAACGACGAACCUAAACGGGCGUACCUACUUACGUUUGUCAUUGCCAUCGGAUGCAUCCUGAUCGCGGAGUUGAACGUGAUUGCCCCGAUCAUCUCCAACUUCUUCCUGAUGGCCUACACGCUAAUCAACUACUCGUGCUUCGAUGCCUCCUUCUCCAACUCCCCGGGUUUCCGUCCACCGUACCAGUACUACAACAUGUGGCUGUUACCACUAACUAACCUAUAUUUUCUGCGUGACUGUAAGGUUCACUUUGGUUGCAGCAAACCAGAUGUGAACUGGGGAUCGUCGACGCAGGCAAACGUUUACCGCAGUGCCCUCAUCGCUCUGCUCAAGCUCAACAACGUCGAGGACCAUGUAAAAAACUACAGGCCACAGUGUUUGGUGCUCUCUGGUGACCCCAGGUCACGACCUGCCCUAGUCGAUCUAGUGUCCAGUUUCACCAAGAAAGUCAGCCUGAUGGUGUGUGGACAUCUCGUAUUGUAUGUGAGACUAGAUGAACGUCCGUCUUGUUUCAGCGAUGCGUUUGACCUGAAUCUAUCUGUCGGCAUUCUCUGCGUGCAGGGGGGCCUCGACUGCUCCGACAUGCUCGAGCUCCCAGCCUCCGCAUCAGUACCAGUGUUACAGAAACUGGAGAACGAGUACGAGUGUGUUGUGGAGGAUACGGAUGAUGAGGAUGAGGAGGACGAGGAGAGCAGCUGUGAUGAACAGGAGACAUGCUUCAACACAGAGGAAAUAUUCCACUCGUGUGAGGACCUGCCUUCUGAGAACUCAGCCGAGGUGAAGAGCUUGGUGGACCGGCGCCCCGCCCCGCUCGUGCAGCCACAGCAGGCGAUCAUAGACGGAGCCGUUGGCACGGCAACCACACGCGUGCGCGUCGUCGGGAGGCUGCCCAUCAAUCGCGCGAAGCUGCGCUCCAGCAACCAGUUCCACCGGAAGCAAAAGAAGGGAUUCAUCGACGUCUGGUGGCUGGCAGACGACGGAGGUCUCACCUUGCUGAUUCCCUUCCUCAUCAGCCAGUCAUCGCUGUGGCAAGGCUGCAAGCUCCGUGUCUUCUUCCUCAAGGGAAAGGAGGAUUUGGAUAAAGAGCAACGCAAUAUGGCCGCUCUACUAAGCAAGUUCCGCAUUGACUACUCUCAGAUGACAGUCGUUGAUAGCCACACGGAAGCUCCCAGUGCAGAAAGCGUCACAGAGUUCCAAGAGCUGAUCGAGCCGUGGCGCGUGCGUGCGGGUGGGACGGGGGCGGCGAAGACGUCGUCCGGCAUCACGGACUCGGAGCUGCUGGCGCUGAAGGCUCGCACGGUGCGGCACGUGCGUCUGCGGGAGCUGCUGCAUGAGCACUCACAAGAUGCCAGCCUCGUCGUCAUCACGCUGCCGAUCCCACGGAAGGUAAUCUGUUCACCCUACCUCUACAUGGCCUGGCUGGAGACCCUGACGCGCGGCAUGCCCCCAGUGCUGCUGCUGAGAGGCAACCAGACCAGCGUUCUCACUUUCUACUCCUAGGCAAGGCUUCAUCUAUCAGCAGGGCUUCAUAUAUGAGCACAGGUUAAUCUGUGAACAGAGUUUUAUCUGCGAGCAGGGCUGCAUGUGUGAGCGGGGCUCAUCUGUUGGAGCAGGGCGCUGCAUCU